GAAAACCCCGGUGCAACACUCGUCAUGCAUACCCUUCCUUUGGAAAAGGGACCGGUCAUAGAUGAGAAGGUUGACGAAGAUGGUCCCUCUCGAAAGCGUCGAAAGCUUGCCUCCCCUGUGGAAGAUAUUCCGCGCCUCAUAAGUGUCGUUGAAAUCGUGAAGCGAGAAUAUUCGAAAUCGGCCUCUAAAUUGUCUCGUGGGUCAUCUCCUUCAGGACCAGCUCUCCACCAGUACAACCUUCUUGGUUGUCUCUCUACAAAGGAGGAAAACGAACAGCAGGAUGAACUAUUAGCCGCCCUCGACAGAAAGAACUAUGUUCAAAGGACAGGUACUCCAUACAUGAAGAUAUACUUGUCGACUAGGAUACAAGAGGAUCUUGAGAAAGACGGAGCAAC